AUGCCUGUCUCCACACACUCUGCACAGCACCAGCUGCGGGACCCAUGGCUGCCCGCCCAAGUGCUCCUGCAACCACGUGUCGAGCACGACGAGGCCGAGAUUGAGGACCUCGACCUAUCCAAGAUGGACGAGGACCCUCUCAUCUAUUUCCUCACACCCAGCCCUUCAUCCUAUGUCGAAGAUGAUACCCUGGACUUCGAUAUGGACUUCGACGCCGGGAUCGAGGAUCCUAAGCACCCGCCUCCGAUCGUCAGAAGCGUCAGUCCAUCGAGCUUGGCGGGACUUAGUCGGCCAACCCCUCGACCGGCAACACCGCCGAGGUCGCCGGCAACCCCAGACCUGGAGUACGACUUGUCCGCAACUCCGGAUGAAAACGAACAUUACGAUUACAUGGACCAGUCUUGGCCGCCCAAGCCCUCAAGCGCUCCAAGUCUACCCCGUCGCCUCAAGGACAAGUUCAGGGGCCACCCGAGGAUGGACACCGACAUCACGGAUAACUUGGCUCCGCCGGCCUCGCCGUACUCCUCGCAUGCGUCAAGCAGAGGCCGCGCCGUAGCCAGGCUCGGUCCCAAGCCCACCGCGUCCAACGGAGGCAGCUCUCGCGCAAGGAGGCCCAUUGGCACGCCCUCACGUCUAUCCCCGCAUGCCUGGCGCGAACCCAGUCCUGAUGUAUGGUCGAUUGAAGAGCAGCCUGAAGAGGAAAUGGAGAACGAGAUGGGAGAUAAUCGGCUUAUUGAUGAGGGAGCCGGGGAUGCGAGUGGGGAGACAAGAGCGGUAGAUAUCCCGGCUGCAAAGCCAAAGAAGAAAAAGGUUCGGUUUGUGCUGCCUUCUGCGGAGGAUAGCAGGGACACCUAUUAA